AUGCCCGAUGAUUCCCAGAAUUUUGAGGACGGGGCUGACUACGAGGAGGGUUACUAUGAGGAAGACAAAGAAACUGAAGGGGAAUACCAGGAUCACAAGGCUAAAGAUCCUGCUAACCCUAAAAAAGAGAUGAAUCCAGAUCAGGAGGACCCAGACGUGGUCCAUUUGAGACCGCAGGUUCUGGACCAAGAGGCCAGGAUAGCUGAACAGAAAGAGGCCACCCACCAGAUGCAAGAAUCCCUCCUCGCUUUUCAGGCCUUCAUUGCUGCCCAAGGAUUGGCAGCCAAUCCUCUGACCGUUCCACCUCCGGGAACACAACCGCCAGCCCCACCGAUUAGGACUGGUGCACCGAAAAAGACAAGCCCAAUCCCUCCUCCGGGACCACAUCCCAGAGAUGGCCUGUUGAAGCUGCCUCAAGAAAAAGGAAAAGCCAAUAUAGCUGACAUUGUGGGAAAAGAAAACCCCCAAAAGAAAACUCAUCCCGUGCCAAAAACUAGGGCCAACCCAGGGCAUCUCCCUAGGAAAGAACGGAUGUGUCCCGUCCCAGGAUAG